AUGAAUAGUUUUGUUGUAAGCGUCUUGCUUGCAUUCUCAAUACUUGUUUUAAUUUCUAAUGCUUCGAAUUGUGGCAUCCGAUCGAAAUCUAGAAUAGCAGGCGGUGAUGAAUCUGCCAUUGGUAGUUGGCCAUGGAUGAUUUCUUUACGAGCAAAAGACUUUCCUCAACAUCUUUGUGGAGGAUCAUUAAUCCAUCGAAAAUAUGUGCUUACAGCUGGUCACUGCACUUUUCUUUUUCUGCCAUCACAAUAUGAAGUACAUAUUGGUCUUCAUUAUCAAAAUAGUACAGAUCAUUUUAUUUCUCCUGUAAAGACAAUUUAUCGUCACUCGAACUAUACAUCAACAGUAGAAUUUUCUCAAACUGUCUAUGAUUUUGCUGUUCUCGAACUCGAACGAGAUACAGAAGAUAAGUUUAAUACCAUUUGUCUCCCGACGCUUAUGGAAAAUUUGAACGUUGCUAGUAAAAUAAAUACGACAACAUUGGGUUGGGGAAGAACAAGUCCUAAUGCUACGAGUUUAUCUCAGACGCUGCAAGAAGUCACUUUAGUAUUGCUGAAUAGUUCUUCAAAAGAAUGUAUUAAAACUGAUCAAGGACCAUUGAUUGUCAACGAUUCAUUACAGCUUUGUGCUGGACGACUUGAAGGUGGUUUUGGAACUUGUGGAAGCGAUUCUGGAGGACCUUUAAUGGUACAGUGUCCUCUUGAUAGUCGUUGGUAUCUUAUUGGUAUAACAUCAUAUGCAUGGGGUUGCGGUUUACCAGCAUCACCUACAAUAUUUUUACGUGUAAGUGCCUAUAUACCUUGGAUGACGGAAAAUAUACCAGAACUUUUCAUCAUUCAACCAUCUUCUACCAUGCCAACGACAUUACUAACAACAACAACAACAACAACAAGAGCAACAAUUUCAAUUGAGCAGACUACAAAUUUCAAUCCAGCAUCAAGUGUUGCAUCGAUCAAAUUUAUAAAUAGAAUUUCGAAUGAAACUAUCUCACAAUAUGAUGAUCUUCAAGUAAUGGAAGUACCAGAACAUGGUGAUCGAGCUCAUAUCAUUGUUUAUCUCGAUUUCCGUUCAGAUCUUCAACUGAUUAAGAAUGUGAAGGAUCAAAAGUGUCAACUAUCGAACAUGGAACAAGAAACAAAGAUCGCUUAUCCAAGAUUAUUUUUGAGUGAAUCGAGUGGAGAUGGAUUUGCGGUACCAGAUCUUCCAAUUGAUGCCAGUAAUGUUGAAAAGAUACAUAUUUUCAAACUCGAACGAGAAGAAACCAUUCAAAAUACAUCAUAUCUUCGAUCAGAACUUCAACAAGCAUGUGCUGGUCUGCCAGUGCAUUGGGCUGAUUCAGUUGAUGAGAAGGAUUUAGAUCGAAUGACAGAAAACGGAGAAAUAUUCUAUGAUCGAACUGAGAAUACCAUUUUGAAACCGGCAAAUGCAGAAAGUCGACUUAGUCGUGGAAACAGUUGCAAUCCAAAUCCUCAAGGAUUGCCUCCAAGUCAAUAUGAUUGCCACGGUAUGUGCGUUAAUCAAAAAUGUCGAAUGUCAUCGGAGUCAGGUUAUUAUUUUAUAAUGUGUCCAAUGAAUGGAAAUAUUGGACAAAGUUGUUCUCAGCAUAUGCUUCAUAUGGGAGGCCAAUGUAAACUAUGUUGUGAUGACCCCGGAUCAUCUUGUUCAGCACCAACUAAUGGUGGAUACUGGCAGCGUUGUGACUGCGUCAAAUGGUAA